ACUUACCUAUAUCUAUAACGUUAGCAAUUUACCAAGUGCUCGCAGCUCGCUUCACACGAAGAAACGGACCAAUUUUUCUAAUAGAAAGCAAAGUGAAUACUAAUAAUCAUUUUCUACGGUAUUAAAAUCCUAUAUCUCUUUAGGGUUGAGUUUAUAGAGAAUAGAAUGAAAUUCAUAUUAGUACUCCUAAUUUGUACGAUCUGCUUUGUACCUUUUGCCGAACAAGCAGAAGGAAAUGAAGCGUUGAUUUUUGAUAGAUAUGAUGGAUCGCUUUUCCUACUACCAGAAAAUAUUCCGAAAGACGCGAAAUGUGAAGCUUGGGCGAUAGCUUGCCCUGCAGAAACACCAGCAGAAGAAGAUUUCAUAAGACAGAAUGGAUUUACAAAUAAUGCCAUCUUUGUGAAAGAAAUUCACGAAAGGGGUAGCAAAGUAUCAGAAGUGAAGAAAAGAUUUUGCAAGAAUCCUCAUCAGAUUUCCUUAUCGUAUACACCAGAAAAUUCCGCUUGGCAGUUUGGUUAUGAGGUUUAUUAUGAAUUGAAGGAUGCUCAAUACUUCCAUCAAGAUACUCCAAUUGGAGACUAUAAAAAGCCUGAAGAAGUUAUUACUUUUAUAAAAAAAUCAAAAGUUCGUAAAGAAAUACACGGCUUUAAAGAAUAUUAUCGUGCAAUAAAAACCUCACUUGGAAUUGGUGCUAAAGAAAUGUGGCUAAAUAAAGACAAAAGAAUGGGAUUCAUGUGGUUGUAUUACUUCAAGCUAACGUUUGAUUUCUCAAAAAAAAUACUGAAAAGAAUAUGGUAUGAAAUAGGAACAAGUAACAAAUGGUCAGUAGGGAUUAAAUGUGAGCAUUACGGCUUAGGAGCUGAACCUUACAACGAUUUUGGAGUAGACGGAUUAUAUGUUAAUAGCCCCGUAGUACUGAAAACUUUUAGUGUUACGAAAAAUUUAGCCAAUACAAUAACGAAAUGGUUAUUAAUACCAAUAGAUCAUUUUCGUUUUGGAUUCACAUCACCUCCAGCCUGUUCAAAUUUAGCUACAAUACCAGUUUGGGAGCAAAAAGUAGAACCAGCUUUGAAAAAAGUUGACGGAUAUUUAUACGCGUUAUACAAAACUAUAGAAGAACCACUACUGAUUAUUUCUGGAAUUAGUGGCGAGCUUCAGCUCCCCAAGAAUAAAUUUAUGAGAGCGACAUUAUACCUGGAUCCAGCCGGUAAAAAAAUUCCGGUACCAAAAAUCAUUUAUAAAAUUGUCGAGUACCGAGUCAAAGAUUGCCCGUUUGAGGAGAAGCUUUGCCUGUAUUCCAUCAUCAUCGUGAUUCAUAACGAUAUUCUUUUCAAACCUUCGGAUAAACUUUGUACCGAUAUUACUUCCGAUGCGCAAUGGGAGGCGAUCUCACUAAAUUACGAAGAACAACACGUCGAUUUUAUUUACGCGUGUGAAAAUACUGAAAAAUUGCAGAAAAAAUUAUCGAUAGAAUCUAGAACACGAACAGUCUCAAAAUUGAAUUUAUCGACGUUCCCAUUUAUGGAUAGCACCAAAACGGCUUUAAAAUUUUUAGAUGUGAAACCUGCUAUUAAUUCGAUGUACCGAGAUUUACGCAAAAAUAAUGAAGAUCCUCAUCAGCAAGAUGAAAAGAUAACGAAACGAGUUCAGGCUUCGAGUACUAUUGACGACCCCGUGAUCGAAGAUGAAUUUUCAGAGGAACAGAAAGGCGUUUGAGAGAACAAAUA